GCACGCAUCCUCCCCUGGGCAGGCAUGGAGCAGAGAUUCUUUAACUAACACCCACACUGGCCUUCCCCUUCACUUUGACUGUGCUUCCCACGACACAUGUGUCUCCGAAACCGGCUCUGACCGCCUAAUCAGGAGCAACUUUGAACUUCGGUCGGCCGCUGGGGUCGAGGGGGGGGGUUUGGGGAAUCGGUUGCCAUGGCAGCGGCGGACCUGGAGAUGGACCCCGCGAUGAGGGAUGAGGAGGGCGAGGACCUGUGGGAGCUGAUCAACGACAACCGGCACAGUGUGUCGCUGCAGGUGCACCCGUGCAUCGUCAUCCCCUACCUGCGGCAGGCCCGGGUGAUCUCGGAGAUCGACGAGGACGAGAUCAUCAACUGCCACCAGCUCACCAACCGUUGCAUGAGAACCAGCCACAUGCUGGACCUGCUGCGUAUACGGGGCCGUAACGGGGCCGUGGCCCUGCUGGAGAGCCUGAUGAUCCACUACCCGGCCAUGUACACCCAGAUCACCGGCCGCAAGCCCAGCACCGAGCCCUCGGGAUUCAGUGGCCUGAUCAAGUACUCGGAGCUGACGGAGUACCUGGUGCGGGCGGUCACCAGCAUGCAGAAGGAGCUGGCGGAGACGCGUCAGGAGGCGGACCAGCUGCGCGAGCGCUGCGCCUGGCUGGAGGCGGCGCAGGGUGGCGCGGCGGAGCGCGCCGAGGAGCAGCGGCGGCUGCAGGAGGACAGCGGGCGUCUGCGCCAGCUCAUGGCCGGCCUGCACCGCGACCUGCUCAAGCUCAAGGACGAGAAGUGCGAGCUGUACGGCCGCUACGCCGCCGCGCUCGAGGAGAAGUCGGCCGUCGGCCUGCGCUGCCGAGAUCUCAACCUGCAGAUCUAUCAGCUCCAGUGUGAGCUGCGUAAGGCUCAGACGGAGACGGACUUCCAGCAGAGGCGCUCUCUGCGCUGUGUGUCCCCCAGCCAGAGUCAGCAGCUCAGGGAGGAGAUCUCCACGCUGCGCCGCAAGAUCAUGGAGGCCGAGACGUUCAGCCCGGCGCGGGAGGACAUCCUGGCUCAGGACCUGGAGGAGGCCCAGGACCGGCGCUCAGAGCUGGCCGAUCAGCUCACAAACUUGAGGGAGGAGAACGAGAGGCUGGCCAGAGAGGCCGAGGAGCUGUUCGAGGAGAAAGAGAACCUGUCACUGCAGGUGCAGAAGCUGAAGCUAGACUGUGAGAUGUACCAGCAGAAGAGCACCGUCUUCCAGAGUCAGCUGGGAGAGCUGCAGGCCGAGAGAGACCGGGCCUACCUGUCCAGAGAUGACGCCCAGGCCCAGAUAGCGUGCAACCUGGCCGAGAAGGACGUGCUGCGCAGUCAACUGGUGGAGCUGCAGGAGAAGGUGUUCAACCUGAGGGCCCGCAGUGCUGAGAGCGGCCCCAGAGACAAGCCACGCGCCAGGGAGUAUAGCUGGGAGAGCAGCUACCUUGGCUCCAGCAGUGAGGGCCCCCCGCCCAGCCCCCAGCCUCGCUCGCGCCUGUGUCGCAUGAACGCCAUCUGCCCCGACUUCAUGAGGAGCGAUGACCUCGAGUCAUCAGUUACAGUCGUCAUUGGUUACAGCGGUCCUUUGUCUUCCUCUGGUAGCGUGUCGCGGGCGUCGGCUCCUCCGUUCCUGAUGCGCUCGCGGCCGCAGGCGCUGCGUAUCACGGGCCGCGUCCUCACCCUCACCGUCCAGGACGGCACGCUGCUCGGCCAGAUCCAGGUCGUCGGGGGCAACAAGACGGGCGUGUUCGUGCACGGGGUCACCCAGGACUCGUCCGCCCACGCGGCGGGGGUCAGUCCCGGAGCCCAGAUCUUAGAGGUGAAGUACGAGCAGGAGAGGCAAGCCCUGCAGAUGGUGCUGGAGGACUCCACCCAGGAGGAGGCGCUGUGGGCUCUGGGCCAAGUGAAGGGGCCCUGCCAGCUCAUACUCAGGCCCAACCAGGAUGCGUACGACGGCCUUCUGCAGCAGCUGAAGAAGGGCGAGGUGACCUCGGGGGACUCCUUCUACGUGCGCGUCAACAUGUCCGUGCCGGCGGGCGUUGCCGCGGGCGCCCUCUCCAUCAAGUGCAACGACAUUCUGCACGUCACCAACACCUGCCACGGCACCAAGGGCACCUGGUGGGCCAGCCUGGUGCACCCCUGCCAGCUGCUGGACCUGAAGAGUGGUAGCGUGCCCAACUACUACAGAGCUCAGCGUUUACUGAUUCAUUCAAUAGAAGACGUGACCUUCAAGCAUAGAGCGCACAAAAAGGUGGAGCGUGUCCUGGGGAAGCAGAAGGCCGUGCGGAUCGUGAGCACCAGCCGACAGCCACGCAACCCGCUGUGGGUCAGUGUGGAGAGGGACGCCCUUGGGAAGACAGGAGAGACCGGUGAUGGCAACACCCCCCGGAGCUGCAUCACCCUUAUGCCCUAUACGCUGGUCACACCCCACUACCCGCCCGUCUGCCGUCCAGUCCUCCUCCUUCCCACAGUCCUCGGCCGUAUCCUCCACAAACGGCUGGCGGGGAUGGAGGGCUACAAGCUGUGUGAGCCUGAGACCCUGAGUGCUAGUGAGCAUGCGGUGCGAGUGCAGAAAGGGGAGGUUCUGGAGGAGUGUGGAGACCCCAGCGCCCCCCACCACUGUUACACCCUCCAGGGCGUGGACAAGGUCAUGAAGAGGGGGACUCACUGUGUCCUGCCACUGGGACUGGAUUGUGUGCGGCGUCUCCACAGAGCUGAGAUCUUCCCCAUCAUCAUCUUCAUCGCCUCCACUGAACACAAGUGCAUCAACAGACUCAAACACAUGUUGCGGCGACACAAGCUCACGGAGGCCCAGCUCCUGGAGAGCUCCCGUGCGGAGGAGCCCCUGCUGGACAAGCUGCCGUGUCUGUCCCGCAGCCUGCAGCCCGAGUGCUGGAGGGAGACGUCCCUGCUGGAGCUCAUCCAGGACACGGUGGUGGAGGAGCAGCAGAAGGUGGUCUGGGUGGAGCCCGACCUCUGGUGAUCCAGCUCGACCUCUGGUGAUCCAGCUCGACCUCUGGUGAUCCAGCCCGACCUCUGGUGAUCCAGCUCGACCUCUGGUGAUCCAGCCUGAUCUCUGGUGAUCCAGCUCGACCUCUGGUGAUCCAGCCCGACCUCUGGUGAUCCAGCCCGACCUCUGGUGAUCCAGCCCGCCACUUCCACUGGUGCUUUUGACCUGUUGCAUUCGUACAUUCACUGCACUUCAGAGUAUAUUAUAAUAAUAAUAUUAAAACAUUUUUUAUUUAGUUAUAUUUAGUUAUAUAGUUAUAUUGUACUUCUC